AUGGCCUCUUCAGAACAAGGCAGCUGGUUUAAACGCCUUGAAGCCGCCAUGGCGCAACGCGAACCCCAGAAGCAAGCCCUCAUCGACGACUACUAUCGCCAGAGCGCCAACGACGACGAGCAACACCAGCAAGCGGUGGAGGCUCUUGUCGCACGCCAAGACUCUCUUCACGAAAAACGCAAAGCCGACCGCGAGAGACGGCAUCAGGAAGAGUUGACCGAGCUGCAGGCGAAAGUUGACGCUGAUGUCGAGCAAAUCAUUCUUCAUCCCGAUGGAGUCUUACCCGCUGUCGACGCUAUCGACAUUUCUGCACAAACUCAAUCUUCUCACCAGGCGUCGAGUGAGACCCGCAACAGCGAAGCAGCUCACGCGCCCAUCAAUCAUCAACCGGACAUUUCGUUCGACUACACCAAUAUCCCGCUUUUCAAGCUCAAGCUCAAAGCCAGAUACGGCAACUUCUACGAAGAUGAGGGCGGAAUUUAUGCUCUCUGCUGCUGCCACUGUGGCGCAAACAUCAGCUGUCGCGCCGUCAAGGACGGUGAGACGGACUUCCCGAACAUGGACCGUCAUGCGCUGCGAGCACACAUCAUCGUGAGCCACAAGGUGAAGGGUCUGACAGUCACCGACGUGGAGAUCUUAUGCAGAGGAGAACCCAUCCCGGAUGCGGAACUUCUGAGCAUCUGGCUUGGAAGGCCGACCAGGUUCGAUGACAGAGUGAAGGUCAGCACUGGACACAGAUCUGGCGCACCAACAAAGUCUGAUGAAGUUCUCUUGGUCACCCCUACUCCAAGGCGUGCGGCCUUUGAGCGCGCAAACAGCUUCAUGACCUCCGGAGACACCAUCUCCAACCCCGUAUCCUGCACUGACGUUGAGCGAGGUCGGACAGACGCCCGUUCGUCCCAUUCCGCAGUUCUUCGGUCUGGCUCCUCUGGUCUCAGAGGUCGCCUGCCCGAAGCUCGCGGUUCGUCCAAGCGUGCCCCACGAAACCUUACAUCAAGCAGAUUCACCUCCGCCAUUCCAAAGAGAACUUCGCCUGAACACGAACAACCUUUGGCUCAUGUCAAAGAAAUGUUCAACGAGCUGCAGAAGCAGUUCCAGAACUUGCACAUGGAUGACGGCAAGGUGUAUGCUCUGUGCGGCUUCAGGUGUGGUGCCAACACUGGCAACCUUCGAUUAAAGGCCAGCGGACCUUCGUUCGAUGCUAAAAGAUUGUGGCUUCACUUGCAUCAGGUCCACCCGGAGGACUGGAGUGUGAUGGACGUGAAAGAAGCUAUCCAGCGGUCCAAGGGCCGUGCCUUGUCCUACGCAGACCUCGAACGGAUCUCGAAGCAGGGUAUCUCCAAGACAGAUGAAAGACUUCAGGUGAAGAGACACGUACGUAUUCCGACUCAUCGAGCUACGUCUUCGUCGGAUGACGAACCUAUGCCCUCUCCUCAUACUGAUUCGUCCAUGCUCGCCGCUGACAACCCCGCAGCAGUCCACUCCAUCCCGCUCGAUACUCGUGCAACGACCUCUGUCUUCGGCCGUGACAUCCACAACCUUUUCCGGUCACCCACGCAGCCCCCACAAGCAACGGCCUCCAGCACACUGGCUCACAGCGCUACAGCUAUUCAGGACAUGUUCGACGCUCUCAAGGGAGAGUACCUCAACCUUAUGCAAGAUUGUCAGACCGGCAAGAUGUAUGCUCUGUGCUGCAUUCUGUGUGGUGCCAAUACUGCUCAAACUGCACACACCAACCGACCUGGCUUCACCGCGUUAGGCUUGCGAAACCAUUAUUGCAAGGCCGAUCCUGAUGCGUCGCAGCUGGAUCUGCUCUUUGACGAGUUCAUCCAGCAGUGUCGGGGGCCUGCCAUCUCUUCCAAAGAUAUCGUAAGCAUCCGCCAUGGACAGCUUUCGGCCCUCAGCCACACAAUCAGAGACCGAAUCAGUGUCAGGCGCUGCGCACGGAAACGGAUAAUCUCAAUUGAGAGUGAAGAAGGUACAGUUUCGAGCACACUUGAUGUCUUCUAA